AUGAAAUCUAUCAAGCUACUGUCAUUAUCCCUCCUCGCGUUCGCCCUGCUCGAUGCUGCCGUUGCGCAGAAUUGUGGAAAGAAUAUAGGGGCAUCUUGUGGAGAUCCUACCGAGCCUUGUUGUUCGUCUUACGGGUGGUGCGGCAGCACACCAGCACAUUGUCAAACUGGAUGCGAUCCAGUAUACUCCUUCAACAAGCAAUGCGUUGUUCCAGGAGGCAGUGCCCCUCCGCCUCCGCCUCCCCCCUCUGCGGGCCAACCGUUAAUUCCAAAGGGUCCAGUAACCGGCAACAACUUAAAAGGCACCUGGCAGGUCAUUGGGCAUACCGGCAUUGCUGCUAUGCAUAUCGUGCUUACUUCUCCCAAUAAGAUCUUAAUUAUUGAUAAAGCCGAGAAAAACCCCUUUGCCAUUACUUCAGACGGCUUGAAUGCACACUCUGUCGAAUACGACCUCAACACAAACCUCUUCCGGGUACUAGACCUCAGAACAAAUACGUUCUGUUCUGCUGGAUCAUUCCUCGGAAAUGGCACGCUUCUUGAGACUGGGGGUGCUGAGGACACGCCUGGUGACAUAAAGUCUGCGAACGGAUUCCAAACGGUUCGUCAAUACACACCAUGUAUGGAUGGAACAUGCAAUUGGCUCGAGUGGCCAACUUAUUUGAACUCUGCUAGAUGGUAUAACGGUAUGGCCUCCCUUCCGGAUGGCCGAGUAUUUAUCCUCGGCGGCUCAACAAAGGGAGCAGGUGUAAACACUGUAUCCAUACAAAACCCGACCUUUGAAUUCUAUCCAAAAGACACUUCUCCACCAGGGGUACCAAUUCAAUUCCUUAUCGACACUUUCCCGUAUAAUCUUUAUCCCGUAAUACACGUUGUGCCCGGUCCUGCGUCCCAGAACACACUCUUCCUCUUUGCGAAUAAUAAGGCCGUUCUUUGGGAUUAUAUUACCAAGACUGAGAUUAAAAAGCUUCCCGACUUACCCGGUCCUCCGCGUUCGUACCCAUUGACUGGAUCGUCCGUAUUGCUUCCGUUGGAUUACAAAAAUGGCUACACACCAGUAGUAAUGAUUUGUGGCGGGAGUAAUGAAAUAUCGAAUAAUUCUCCGGCAGCUAACAGUUGCGGAAGAAUUAAUCUCGCUGACCCUAAUCCUACAUGGGAAAUGGACACCUUUGGUGGAUUCGCAAGAGUUAUGCCAGACGUUGUUUAUUUGGCAGAUGGUACUGUCUUGUGGCUUAAUGGAGCUGGAAAAGGACAUGCUGGAUACGACAAGAUCGGCAGAUCCGGAGCAAGAAUUCACCUUGCUGAUAACCCAGUAUUAACACCGGUUCUCUAUAAUCCAGCCGCCAAAUCCUGGACGCAGCUCUUCCCUACUACAAUACCACGUAUGUAUCACUCCUCGGCUACGUUGAUCCCUGACGGAAGUGUAUUUGUUUCUGGAAGUAAUCCAAAUUCAGACUAUCUUCCUGAUGGUGUUUUCCGCACUGAGUACCGUGCCGAGAGAUUUGCUCCACCGUACUUGUUGACUACAGUUCCACAGCCAAAGAUCACCAUGGUUGCUGGAUCGACAAAAUUGAUUAGCGAGACCCCUAUUAGAGUUAAAUAUGGCAAGAGAGUAAUAGUGACCGCAACAGUGUCGACUAGCGCAGGUAAUCCAAAGUUUACUGCUGCUCUGAUAAAUCCCGGAUUUUCCACUCAUUCGCAGCAUAUGAGCAUGAGAUAUGUAAAAAUUAAAGUCACAGGUGCACUGCAGACAGGAAAUACAUUUAAUGUGGAAGUUCAAAUGCCGCCAAAUGCAAAUGUCUUGCCCCCCGGUAGAGUUUACCUGUUUCUACUUAAUAAGGGCAAGCCAGCGAAGAAGGCUGUUGAAGUCUUUAUUGAAGUUUGA